AUGCUACUAAGAAUACUUAUAACAGUGUAAGUUUUGCUAAUGCCAACUUUAGUUCAAGGUUAAAAUCUUUUUUCUAUUUUUAGCUAUGUUGGAUGCUUCAAAAGAUUCUACAAAAGAUGCUGUUGUAAUUCUAGCGGUUUCUACGAUUUUGGGAAAGGAGAACUCUGUUCCUGUUGGUUCUUUGAUGGGAGGGACAACUUUGUAUAUGAAAGUAUAAAUAUAAAUUAAUAGAUUAGGUUUAAGGAUUAGAUCAAACUGCUAGUAACAAUGCAGUAUAUAUUGGGAAGUACCCUUGUAUAAUAUCUGACAAAGGAGUUAACGGACUAUUUGUAAACUGUAAAACAACAAAAUCUAAUCCAAAUGACCAUAACUUAUCAAACCUAUAAAUUACUGUCAAGGUCUAAGAUAAGCCAGACUCUGUUUGUACAUUCAGUUACACAUACUGUCAUUUUUCCUAUUCUACAGAAAAUACACCAAAAUUAUAUUAUGUGACUCCAAGAUCUAAUUACCCAAGGAUGAUGAGCUAUUGGAGAGCCAAAUGGGUUGUAUCUAGCAAUGCAGUGGAAUACCUAGAAGGAUAAUUCAUGGGUGCAAAUAGAUGUGACAGGUUCUCAAUACAAGAUUUGUAUCCAAAGGAGAUUAAUUACUAGGAUGACAAAGUCGUAUGUUAGGUGUCAGCUGAAAUUCAAGCAGGCUACUAUGAUUACACUAUUAAAUCACAGAGUGGGUACUAAACUAAUUCUAUAGGGAUAAAAUAGAAAAAAGUAUAUUCUGAUAGGGUGUAUAAUUCAAAGUAUUUAUAUUAAUUGAUAAAGAGUUGUCCCAAUAAUAACAGGACUUAAUACUAAUUUGGCAUCACCGGAAGGACAAAUUUUGGAAAUCUUUGGAUAUGGAUUCAGUCCCUAAGCAGAUGAAAAUAGAGUUAAGAUUUCAGGGAGAAGUGAAACCAUAGAAGUGUUAGCCUCUACUCCAACCAGCAUAAAAGCGAAGAUACCAAAACAACAAAGUUUAUUACAGGAUAAGACACAGAACUCCCUGUAUAUUCAAGGAAGUGGAUUACAUUACACAAGAUGGGAUGUUUCAGGUUUAAAUCUGAAUUGUGGAUCCUUUAGAUAGUAGAUUAUUUCUAACAAAGCUUCAUUAGAUGGGAGAAUCAAGUUUGAUGGAAUCUAUCCAGAACCAGAUGUUCAAAGCACAUUUGGAGAAUACUAUGGGUAAUAUUUUAGAGGUUUCUUAAAGGCUCCAUUUACAGGAGUUUAUAGGUUCUAUUUAUCAUCAGAUAAUUGUGCAUAAUUCUAUAUAUAAAAAACAGAAACCUAAUAGCCUAUUAGACCUGAUAAUCCAAUAGCAGCUAGUAAUUGGAAUCCAUACAGAAACUAUUGGUUUGAAACUUUAAGUUAUCCUUCUGCAAUUAAAUCAAUAUCAGAGCCUGUGACUCUAGAACAAGAUAACCUCUAUUACAUUGAAAUUUAUCAUAUUAAUGAAAUUUCAGAGGGUCAUUUGACAUUGUCAAUGGAAAUAGAAAGUGAGACUAGAAAACCUAAUUCAUUGAAUAGCAUUUAUUAAUUAUCCACUUCUUAUACACCAAUCAAAGAAGUAAUAGAAUUCGUUCUUUACAAUUCAAAUGGAAAUACUCUAUUAAAAGGUAAUUACAGACUUAGAUUUACUUAUGGAACCUAGAAAACCCCAUAAACGGAUACCUUUUACAUUUAUACUAGUAGUGAUUUAACUGCCAGUUCAAGUGCUUAUGCAAUGAAAAUUGCAAUAUCCAAUAGUGGUGCUCCCUAUUAUAUUACAGUAACAAGCACAAAGUUGGAUAAUACUGGAAAUCCAUUGGAUGAUACUGCAACAUCUUUUGCUGGAUAUAAAUAUACAAUCACUUUUGAUUCUCAUAGGGGAUAACCUAAAUAUAGAGCACUUCCAAAGAUAGUGUAAUCAACACUUAGUGGAGGAGUCAUUGCUUCAACAGUUGAAUGUAUUUAAGAGCCAGCCGAUCCAAUUAGCGGAUCAUUUCAAUUAUCAAUGACAAUAAACGGAUAAGAAACUUUAUUUGAAGCAUCUGAAAAUAACUAUGAUUUGAAUUUUGAUGUGUCCACAAUAACAAUAGCAAAUAAUAUUUAGAAGCUAACUGGUUAAGCAUCAUUUGUUUGGACAGUUGGAUAACCUUAAGAUGGAUAGAAAUGGUUUAUAGUAUUUAGAUCUUAUUUUGAAGGCCUUGAUGAUUUAAAAGUCACAAAUAAUAUGUUGGUAUCUGGUAACGGAGAUGUCUCUAUAACAUUAACCAAAGUAUAACCAGAUAGUAAUAACAUGUUAUUUGAGCCUAUUCCUAAUGAAUUAUUAUUUACAUAUAGUUAACAUCCUCAAAUCCAAGUUGAAGUGUAAUAUCAUUUAUUAGAUGAGAGUAAUGUUAACGUGGUUGAAAGUGAAUUGAUAUUAGCUGGAUGUUAAUAAUAAUCUAUUUGUGACUUAACAUUAAGUGAUGAGAAAACACCAAUUCUAAAAUCCUAUUCUGUUGCUGGAUCUCUCUUAUCUUUGACAUUGUAAGAAGGAGUAGAUUUAAAAAUAACAACAAUCAACAUAGAUAUUUAAUUUGCAGGAGCAGAUUGCACCAAUAUUUAAAUAACUAACGUUGCAAAUCCGCAUACUAUAACUUGUAAUUUAGAGUAAUUAAAUGGGUAAAAUAUUAAAGAAGCAGGAGGAAUGUAAAUACCAAUAAUUCAUCAUAAGGAUAUUGGGUUUUCAAAAAUAGAUUAAAGUAUAAUAGGUGAAAAUGUUAAUUUGGAAAUAAUUUCAAUUUAACCUAACGCUGCUUCUUCAGAUGGAGGUACAACGUUAACUAUUACUGGUGCUGGUUUCCCAAAGAACUUAAAUAGAAACUUUAUAUUCUAAAUUGAUGGUUAAAACGUCAAACCCUUAUAAAUUUCAAAUACCUAAUUAGUAUUUAUAGCUCCAAAGUAAAUUAGUGGAGGAACUGGAAGCAUAGAACUUUAAUUUAAUUCAAAAACAGCAACAAAUGUAUUUACAUAUGAUGAGUCAUUAAGAAUUCAAGUUACUGGUUUAGAGUUUAAUUCAAAAUCACCAGCAUUCAAAGGCGAAAUGACAAUCACUGGAACUAAUUUUGGAACCAUUUUAGAGGAUAUUAAAGUUACAUUGAUUGGAAAUAAAUCCUAUAAUGCUAAGGUAUUAUCAAUUACAGACACUUAAAUUAAAGUUUAUUUAAGAGGAGGUAUGCCUGGUGAUUAUAAAGUUACUGUUACAAGAAAGAAUUUUGGAGAUUCCUAUGCAAAUAAUGAUGAUAAUUUAUUUAAAUAUAUCAUCCCAAUUAAUAGUGUUACAUUAGAAGAUGGAAUCAGUCAAGCAAAAGGAUCUGAAGCAGGAGGAACUGUUAUUAAGAUUACGGGAUCACAUUUUGUAAAAGGAGAAACUCUUGUGUUUAUUGGUUAAGCAGUGAAUUGGUUAUGUGAAAUAGAUGAAACAAAGUUUACCAGUGAAAACAUCUAUUGCACAGUUCCAGCAAAAUACGAAUUUUAUAAUUAAGAACCUUAAUUAGUUGUAGUAACAUUAUUAGUAACACUUGAAUCAACUUGUCUUGAUAAUAUAAACAAUUGUUUAUUUACCUAUGAUAACUAAUUGACUCCAAAACUUGAUGCAUAUCCUGAAUCUGUUACCUAAUACAUAGGGUCAAGAAUAUUAACAGAAGAAGAUCAUUCAAAGCCAGAUUAUUAUAAAUUAAUUUAAAGGAAGAGAUUUUUAUGGACAGAGGAAUCAAAGAAACAUGGUCAUAAUCACAUUUUGAAUGUUGGUAAGUCUGCAAGGAGAGAUAUGCUGACAUCAGCAGAUUUAGUUUUGACUCAAUAAAAAACUUAUAAGCCAGAUGAUGUAGAAACAUUAUCAGGAAUAGGAUUAACAUCAAGUGUCUCAGUUGUAUUUAAAGGUCCUGUGACUUAGACAGUGACUGCCACUGUUAAUGAUAAUACUUUCACAUAUACAAUUCCAAAUCUACCAUAAGGAUACUAUUCUACUUACAUAUUAACUUAAACUGGUUAUGCUGAUAAAAUAUGGGUUAGUAUAAUUGAAUUAAGUAUUACUAGUAUUGAAAAUGCUGCAAUAGGAGGAUAGAUAUUAACAAUAAAUGGUGCAGGAUUUAAUGCUAAUUACAAUCCAAUUGUGAAAGUUGGAUCUACAACAUGCACUGAAUUGUAAGUAAUCUCUAGUGCGUAAAUUAAAUGUAGAAUGGCAAGAUAAUCAGGUACUUCAGCAGUAGUCACUCUAACCUAAUCCCCUUCUGAGAGUAAUUCUGCUACUCCUUACACAGUUCAAUAUACAUUCGGUAUUAAACCAACUUCAAGUUCCCCUCUUAUCACAUCCAUUAGUGGUGUUACCUAUGAUGUAAAUAAAUAGGCGAACAUAAUGUAGACCGCCAAUGCAGUACUAAUAUUUACUGGUAGUAUGUUAAGUGGUUCCAAUGUUGCAGUAACAUUGGAGUUUAUGAAUAAUAAAAUCAAUGGAGUAGUAUCAGAAUAAUCAGACACAUCUGUAACUUCUACAUUUGCUGAUAUACCAGUUGGAGUAUAUUAUAUUAAUAUAUAAAUCAACGAUAAUUAUGCUUAUUUUAAUGAUAUAACAUAAUAAAAGUUGAUUGUACAAGCAAAUAUUCUGAUUUCAAACAAUCCAACUAUCUCUUAUGCAGGAGGAGCUAUAAUAACCUUUACUGGCAAAGGAUUUGAUUAAAAUACUCAUUUUAGCUCUGUAUCAUUAUGUGGAUUCAACUGUCCUAUCACUUAGGCAUCAUACACUUCUCUUUCAUGUGAAGCUCCUAAAUUACUAACAACAUCGGUUUUUCAUCAAUACUCAUCUCUCUAAGAACCUCCUCGAUAUAUCAAACCAUCUGAAGUCUUGUUACUAACUGAUAGUGGAUAAUCUGUUUCCUCAUUUUUUGAUCAUCAAUAAUCCACUUUUUAUAGUUCUACAGCCACAUCCAAUUGUUUUAUUAAAGUAGAUUUUGGUAAAAACAGACUCUUAAAGUUGCAUUAAUUAAGAUACCUUCCAAGAAUAGAUAUCUAGGCAAUUAUUUUGAGAGGUGCUGUUUUCUAGUACACAACUGAUGGCACACUUUGGCAAACCCUAUUAGUAGUAGAUUAAACUGUUCAUACAGGCUGGAAUAUAUAUGUUCCUGCUGAAGACAUUUCAAAUAUUAAAGCAAUUAGAUUAUUUGACUAAAAAGGAGCAGCCGGAUCAUCCUGUUAGUUGGCAGAAAUUGAGUUGAAAGGGUGGGUUUUUUCAAAUAGUAAUAACGAUUACACGAUUCCAACACUAUGUGAUGCUGAUAUUACAAUAAAUGGACAAGCAAUAGAUACAAUCUCUGGAGCAGGCAUAUAUUCAGCAAGUAGUGUUCCAAUUGUAAAUACUGUUGAUCCUUUAUCUGGAAGAUUUACAGAAGAAGCAGUAAUAACAAUAUCUGGUUCAGGAUUUGAGAAUGGUCAAACUACAGUUUCUAUUGAUGGAGUUACUUGCAGUAUUUAAAGUGUUACUUAAAUUUAAAUUAUUUGCAAGACUGGUAUCAAAGAUUUAGAUUAAACUUAAUUAAAUGGUGACUUUUAGGUUAGAGUGAAUGGAAAUUUGGCAAUCAAUAACUAAUAAUUUAUAUAUGCAACUAAAUGGUCAGAUAUCAAUACAUGGGGAGGACAUGAAUUCCCUGGAGAUGGAGAUUCUGUUAUUGUUAAUGCAGGAUAAACAUUAAUUGUAGACGUUUAAACACCCAAAUUAAUGUAAGUGUUAGUUGAAGGCACUUUGACAUUUUCUGAUGAUUUAGAUACUUCCAUGGACGCACAUUACAUUGUGAUUAGAGAGGGAAAGUUUAAUAUAGGUACAGAUUCAAUAGCACAUUAACACAAAGUAUAAAUUACUUUGCAUGGUCUUGAAGGAGAUAUUUAAAUGCCAGCAAUGGGCAAUAAAGUUUUAGGAUGUCACUAAUGUCAAUUAACUAUUCAUGGGAAGGAAAGAACACCAACAUGGACACUAUUAUCUACUACAGUCAAAGCUGGAGCUACUCAAAUUACAGUAGAUGAUGUAGUAGAUUGGUAAAUUGGAGAACAGAUAAUUAUAACCUCAAGUGAAGUCUAACAUUUAUAAAGUGAGAAAAGAUAUAUCACUGCAGUUAGUGAAGAUAAAAAGACAUUGCAUUUAGAUUCACCACUUUAAUAUAAACAUUAUUCUGAAAUAGAAACGUAUGGCGAUGAAUAAUUUCCUAUGAAAGUUGAAGUGGGAUUAUUGACUAGGAAUAUUGUUAUUUAAGGUGAAGAAUCAAAAGACAAAUAUGGGUAUCAUUUAAUGAUACAUGGAAGAGCAGAAAAAGGAACAGUUGGUAAGAUAUAGUAUGCAGAAUUCAGACACGGUGGAUAACCAAGGAUUAUUGGAAGAUACCCAGUUCAUUUUCAUUUGAAUGGUGAAGUAGAUGAUUCUUAUGUUAUUGGUAAUUCCAUUCAUGAUAGCUAUGCUCGUUGUUUGACUAUUCAUGGUGUUCAUUAUCUAAAAGUUUAAAAGAAUGUUUGUUAUAAUACCUUUGGACAUGCCAUAUUUUUAGAAGAUGGAAUUGAAACUAAUAAUAUUAUUGAAGAUAAUUUGGUUACAAAUACAAAAUAGAGUUGGAUAAUGUUAUAAACAGACAUAUCAGUUUCUACUUAUUGGGUUACUAAUCCAUAAAAUAUAUUAAGAAGGAAUAGAUCAGGAGGAUCUGAAUGGUAUGGAUUUUGGUAUGAAAUCAAAACGAAUCCAGAUGGCCCAUCAGCUACAUCUGACAUAUGUCCACCAGGGUUAAAUAUACUUGAAUUUAAGGAUAAUUGGUCACACUCAAAUGGAAAGUUUGGUCUUCGUAUAUUCCAUAUGGCUCCAAGGCUUUUUCCUUGUAGGGAUGUUGCUACUUGGUCAAAUAGUCAACCUUAUGUUGAUAACCCAAGUCUUUAAGCAGUAUUUGAGACAUUUAGAACAUGGAAAAAUGAUGAAUGUGGCAUAUUAGCUGAAGAAUUGGGUAAUAUCUACUUCAAAGAUAUAAUGAUAGCCGAUUCUAGAUAUGCUGGUUUCUAAUCACAUAAAACUAAUUAUUCCUAUGAGGGAGCAGUAUUGGAUAACGCUUUGAUUAUUGGAAAAUCCAUUUAUAAUGCAUAACCAGAUGCUUAUUAUCAAGGAUCAAGAGCCAUCAUUGUACCAAGAACUAAUGGGUUUUUAGCUAAAAAUAUUAGAAUGUUUAAUUUCGGAAAUUAUUCUGCCUUGAUUGAAUCUUGUUCUACAUGCUGGCAUGAUUUAAUGUGGGUUCAAGGUGGUAAGAAUACUCACUUCAUGAACUUAAGAGCAUACAAUUCUGAUUAGGCUCAUCGAAUCUAUUGGCAGAAACAUAGGAGAGAAAUAUUUUGGGAUAUAGAUGGCUCAUUUACAAAUAUAGAUGGAGGUGCGUACAUAAUUCCAUAUAAGAAACAUAUUGAUGGUAUUCCUGGAUGUGUUACUCAUCCAGAAGAUUUUUGGGACAAUUCAAUCAUUUGUGCCAUGAAUUAAGUUACAAUUAGAGAUGUAUUAGUCAAUAAUCCAAUGCCAGAAUACGAUUUUUAAGGAGUUGAUAUGAAGCUUUAUAGGUUAGACAGCACAAACCUAGCAGUCAAAAUGGAUCCUUUGAUUGAUGAAAAUAAAUACAUAGAGGGUGAAACCAUGAAACCAAUGAAGAAUCCAGAUGGAGUGGCAUCCUUUGUAAGUGUCUUUGCCACUGGAUACAUAUAUAAUGUACAUUUUAAAUUUGGAGCCAGCGACCCUUUAAGCAUGGGAAUAUUCUCAUCACCAUAUUUCACAGAAGUUGAUAAGGCAGUUAUACUUAGAUUUAACUAUUCUGCAAAUAGAGAGACAUUCGAUAUCAUGAGACAUAUUGAUAAGACAUUCCCAAUUACUUACAAUGAAUUGGAAUCCAUUCCUGAUACUAAUCAAUGUAAUUAAGGGGAUUGGUUUAAUGAUAAAUCUAAUAAAUUAUUCUUCCUUUGUUUAUCUGGUAAAAACAAGAAAAAAUAUGAAUAUGUAGAAGUUAGAGGAGUUAUUUGUAGAAAAUAAUGCGAUUCAUUAGGAGACAUGCCAUAAGAGAGUCAAUAUAGAUUAUGGAGUAAUCCUACUACUUGGAUUGAUAAUAAAAUUCCAGUUGACGGAGAUAGUCCAAUAAUUUAGGCUGGAUAUUAAGUUGUAUUGGAUGUAGAUACACCAAAAUUAGUAAAUCUAAUUAUUUUUGGAACAUUGAUAUUUGAUGAGAAAAGAGCAUCGACUAAAUUAGAGGCUGAAAGAAUUUGGAUUAGAUCCGGAAAAUUAUUAGCAGGCAAUGCGACCAAUCCAUUCCCUGGUAGGAUAAAUAUAAUUUUGAAUGGAGAAUUUGGAGAUAAUCCAUUAGUCAUUGAUGCUAAUUUAGAUGUAGGCAAUAAGGUAUUGGCAGUUACUAGAGCAAUGGAAUUAUAUUCAACUCCCCCAGGAACAGUAUGGACUAGAUUGGCACUUUAUGCUGAUGCAGGAACAACAAAAAUUACUGUUUAAGAAUGUCUUGAUUGGGUUAUUGGGGAUGAAAUUGUAUUUGGUCCUUCAGGAACUGAUCCAGAUUAAAGAGAAAAGAGAAUAAUAUCAGCUAUUUCUGGAUGCACCAUUACUUUAGAUAGAGCGCUCGAGUUUGAUCAUUUUGGGGCACCAUAGGUAACAGUAGAUAAACCAGGAAUAGGUUAAUUAGAUAUGAGAUCACUUGUUGGUCAUCUUACUCGAAAAAUUAAGAUUGAAGGAGGUCCAAGUAAACAUGGUCUGGGAUGCAGAGUCUUAAUAUAUUAAUUUGAAGAGCCUGAAGCAAAUUUGGGAUUCCCACGAAGAGGAUAUACUAUAUUAAGGGGAGUUGAAUUUAAUAACUGUGGCUAAUAUGAUACAUCAAGAAGCGGAUUAGAUUUUAGAAAUUUGAAUAGCGAUAUUAUCAAAACACCAAGUGAAGUGAUUGGAUGUUCUUUUCAUGAUACAACAGGUAUGUUAAUGACGAUAGAAAAUUCAUAAUACAUUCUAGUUAAGAAUAAUGUAUUUUUUACUGGUAUCAAGGCUUUAGUCUAGAUUAAUAAUAGUCAAUAUGUCAAAUUCUAAAAUAAUGCUUUGAUAUAUGUGAAAAAAAGACUCAUCGAAUAGUAAAGCAAAUUUAAUUGGGCUGUUUUAGGAAACUUUAUCUAUAUGGAUGGAACUUAAAUGACCAGAGAUAUUGUUGACAUAUCUGGUAAUGUUGGAUAAGGAUCAUAGGAUACAGGUUUCUUUAUUAUGGGUACCAAAUGUGAAGAUGCUCUGAAAUCAUCUUUAUACAAUAAUCACUGCUCAUCUUCUGUAUUGGCAUGUUUUGCAAUUAGAUAGGCUGCAAAGGAUUGUACUUACUCAUAAGGAUUAAUUGCUUAUCAUAGUGAAGUUGGUAUCAUGUAUGCAGUUUAAACUGAAAAUGCUUAACUAGAUAAAUCAAUGUUGGCUGAAAACAAGAGAGGCUUGGCAUUAUCAUUAGGAUCAUGGAACUUUUAUGAAAAUACCAUAAAGCUUAGUAACAUCUUCAUUUCUGCCCUUGCUAGACCUGAUUGUACUAAAUGUUAUACUGCAUCACAAAACCCCCAUUGCAAUAACAUCAUUGGAGUAUAGAUGGGAAGUGUAACUCUUACAGCAUUCCCUCCUAUCGAUACAGGACCAUCUUCAGAAUAUGAUAUUAUUUGUAAGCCUUAGAGAAUUGAUCUCAAAGUCUAUAUGGAUACUAUAGAUUUCCAUAAUUUUAGACUCUCUUAUGAUGACAUACCUUAAUGUGGGUUAAAUGCUGCUUUACGUUAACAUCCUGGAGCACAUGAUAUGUUAGGUCAGCAUUACUUAACAAAUUCUUAAUGUAUAAAUUGUGAAUUUGAUGCUUUAUUGUAUAAAACAUUAAAUCCAAAUAUUCGAACACUUGGAUGGUUUGGAGGAUGUGGUACAUUUGAAUGUCCAGGAUUGAUCAACUUUUUAGUUGAAGAUUAAACAGGACAUUUCUUUGGAAAAGUUAGCCAAGCCAUUGGAAAUAAUACAUAUAUAGGUCCAAAUGUCACAUAUUGUACAAGAUAGGAAGCAUGGAAUGGAUAUUGGUGCCUUAAUCGUUAAAUAACUGCUAUGGGUUUCAUGAGCGUAGCCCCAGAUUACAAUAAAAGAUUAUAUUCGCCUAUUAAAUUAACAGAUGGUGAGUUUUUUAAUGAAGUGAACAGUUAAAUGGAAUGGCAUUGGUCAGGAGCAGAACCUAAAAAUUUAAGAGAAUCCAAAUUUGUUGCUUUGAUACCCUCAAAUAAAAUUGUAAAUAUGAGUAAUGCAGGAAUGAAUCCAACAGCAUCAGAGUAUUAAUUAUCAAAAAGAUAUGAAGCAGGUAGUCCAGAAGAUUUUGUAAUUUUGAAAUGGCAGUUUUAAGUGCCUUAAGUUAUUUAAGUAUCAGUAGGUAACAAAGUUAUUCUACCUGGAAUGACUACUAAUUCUAAACAUCAUAAUUUAAUAAAUAUGACAGAUUAAUGUGGAGCAAAUAAUUAUUUCUAUUAAAAUAAUACAAUUCAUUUUGUAGUCAACGGUUAACUAGGUUGUAAAGUUAAAAUCACUUUAAAAAAUACACUCUAAAUAUCAACAAGACUCGAAAUCACAACAGAUUAAUUUUUUGCUGAUAAAUUUUUACAAUAUGCUAUGGCACAAUUAGGAGGGGAUCCAUUUAAUUACUUCAUUAUUGGUAUAAAGAGAUCUACAAGAAGGUUUUUGGAUUAAACAAUAAGUUACUAAGUUUCUGUAGAUUGGAGCAUAGUAGAUAAUGUUGAAAUUGGAUCUUAAGAUUCUAAUAAUUCAUGGACAUUUUUCGAAGGGUUAGCAACUUAAUUAGAAUCCUUUAAUCCUCCCCCUGAGAUUGGCAAAGUAUUAGAAUAAUCAACGACCAUCAAAACUUUAGCCGAUUAAAUUUUCCCAUCUACUGAACCUACAUCAUGUAAUUUUCUCUGAUAUUAAUAUUUUAGCAUCCCCCUUAGAACCAGAAUAAACAGAAAGUACUGAUGUGAUUCAAAACCAUGACAACCAAGAAUCACUUAAUGAAAGUAGCAAUAAUUAAGAUGAUACAUAAAUUGAAUUAGAUUAAGAUGAGCCAAUAUAAUAAUAAGAAAUUAGUGAGAAUGAUAACAAUAGCACUCCAGGAGCCAUUAAAAAGUCAAUUAGGUAACCUGAAACUACAUCAAACACAGUUAUAAUUGUGGCCUCAGUAAUCAGUUCAGUAGUUGGUGUUUCUAUAAUUGUGGCUAUUUUGCUUUACUACAAGAAAAUUAAGUUGGCUAAAUUAAUUGCAAAUAGAAAUUAAAAAGUAGAUAAUGAGUUCUUUAAAGUCAAUCUCACAGAAUUGUAGCUAUAAAUCUAAAAUUAGCAAUAGCCAAUAGAUUGA